AUGUCCUUUCUGCACAAUAACUAUGUCCUGCUGACUGAAUUCAUCCUGUUGGGAAUUACAGACAGCCCUCUUGCGCAGACCCCUCUGUUUGUGUUGUUUCUGUUGAUUUACAUUGUCACUCUGGUGGGGAACUUUGGCAUUAUCAUCUUGGUUCGGGUGUCUCCCAGCCUCCACACCCCCAUGUACUUCUUCCUCACCCAUUUUGCCUUCACUGACAUCUGCUAUUCCACAGUCAUCUCCCCCAGGCUGCUGGCAGACCUGUUAUCAGAGGACAAAACCAUUUCUUUUCUUGGCUGCAUGAUGCAGUUCCUCAUGUUCGCUUUCUUUGCUAUUAGUGAGUGCCACCUCCUGGCCAUGAUGGCCUAUGACCGGCACGUUGCUAUCUGCCAGCCCCUGCUUUAUGUGACCAUCAUCUCCAGCCGUGUCUGCUGGCAGCUGGUAGCAUCAUCCUACCUAUUUGCCUUCCCCAGUGCCAUCAUCUUCACAUGGUGCGUGUUUGGAGGUUCCUUCUGUGGUCUCAACCGCAUUGACCACUUCUUCUGCGACGUCGUCCCUGUGCUAAAGCUCGUGUGCUCCGACAUGCACAACAGUGAGAGAGUCAUCUUUGCCUUCGUCACCAUCAAUGUGGUGGGCACAAGUGUGGUCAUUUUGCUCUCCUACAUCUCUAUCCUCUGCACCGUGCUGAGGAUGUGCUCAGCACAGAGCAGGGCCAGAGUCUUCCACACCUGUGCCUCCCAUUGGACGGCUGUGUCCAUAUACUUUGGGUCAGCAUUCUUCAUGUACCUACAACCUUCUUCUAGCCACAGGAGCCUGGAUAAGGUGGCCUCCAUCUUCUACGCCGUGGUCACCCCCAUGCUCAACCCAUUCAUCUACAGCCUGAGGAACAAGGAGGUGAAGGGGGCUCUGGUGAAGUGUGGGGGAAGGCUUUUCAACGGCUGUGCCAUUGUCUACACAUGGUGCGUGUUUGGAGGUUCCUUCUGUGGCCCCAACCGCAUUAACCACUUCUUCUGUGACAAAGUUCCUGUAGUAAAGUUCCUGUGCUCUGACACCCACAGCAGCAAGAUGCUCAUCUUUGCCUUCGUCACCAUCAGCAUCAUGGGCACAAGUGUGGUCAUUUUGCUCUCCUACAUCUCUAUCAUCCGCACCCUGCUGAAGAUGUGCUCAGCACAGAGCAGGGCCAGAGGCUUCCACACCUGUGCCUCCCAUUUGAAGGCUGUUUCCAUGUACUUUGGGACAGGAUUCUUCAUGUACCUACAACCUUCUUCUAGCCAUAGGAGCCUGGAUAAGCACGAUGGGUGGAAGAAGGUGAAUGUCAUCAUCAAGGAGAGCACAAGGACUGGGGCUGCCUCCGUCCCCACUGAGGUGAAUAACCAAAUUCCCCAGGAAGCCGUCACCACGCAGAAGAAGGACAGGAGGGUGACCAUGAGCAGCCAGCACAUAGGUACCAAGGCCAAGUCACACCUGACCAAUCUGAGUGCCUUGGGUGAUGUGAGCAUUGGUGUUUGCAUGGACAAGAAGUAG